UUUUAAUUUGAAAGUCUGAGUCCAGACAGGAUUGUCUCUGCACAAGCUCAGGAAGUCUAUCUGUUUGGCUGGAGCCGCAUGUAAUUUUUUUUUUUUUUUUUUUAAAUACUGAAAGCUUUCUAUUUUACAGACAGAAGGUGUCACUAUCAGUGUGUUAAACAUGGCAACAGAUCUGGCCUUAGUCCCUAUUGUUGUUCAGCUUCUUGUUGAUUUGGUGACAAGUGACAACAUCAACUUCUACAAUCUCAUGCCUGCUCUAGAAGCUACCCCGUACCCCAAGAGUUUCAAGUGCUUCACAUGUGAACAGGCCUCAGACAACUACAACUGUAAUCGCUGGGCAGAAGAUGUAUGGUGCCCUCAGAAUUCCCAGUACUGCAUGACAGUACAUCUCUUCAACCAUCAUGGGAAGACAAAGUUUGUUACCAAAAGAUGUGCAGUGCAUGAAGAAUGUCUGUUAGUGGGCUGUAGACAUCACAAAAAUGGACAUUACAUAGAGUGUGUAUCUUGCUGUGAAGGGAUGGUUUGUAACAUAGAACUGCCAACCAAUCACACUAAUGCAGUGUUUGCUCAGAGCCAAACACACAGUUCAGUGGCACCCACUUUCAGGACCCGGGAUUCUGUGUUCCUGCUGAUCCCAGUUCUCACUGGACUGUUACCAUUUUGAUACUCACCCUUAAGAACCUGUUCAGUGAUGAACAGUAUUCAAAAGAAUGAGUCAUCGCCACGGAGACAGCAUCCACCAUGGAAUAUUGCUACAUCUGUCAUGGGCAAAGUCCUCAGUGGGAAAGACUACAAAUGAAAUGGAAGACAUGAUUUGGACUCUGAAAAGAGAAAGCCAGUCAGCCAGUUGUGCAAGCACUGUGUACUGUCCUAUCAGAUUUGAUCUGUCAAUGGAAUACUAGUACUGGUUACUAAUGAUGUGCUAAAUAGGACAAGAAAACUGACAUUUAGCUGCUAAGGCAGUGGAUGUUUCUUUCGAUGCAUCCGAAACUGGAUUUGUAUUGACCAAAUUGAGGCUGAAACUGAGCACUGAAAGCCUCUAUGUGGGCAGGACAGCCUUGCUUGAUGGCUCUGAUCCCAGAUUCUGUCAAAUAACCCAAGCACAGCAAUGAGAAGGUGUGGAACGUAUUGUUCUAGUUUUCGGAACAAAAGCAGAAGUCUCUAAAAGAGAUCUUGACUGCUGCAUGAAUAUCUCAAUGCUUUAAAGGCAUAGUUCACCCAAAAAUGAAAAUUCCCUCAUCAUUUACUUGCCCUCAUGCCAUCCCAGAUGUGUAUGACUUUCUUUCUUCUGCACAACACAAACAAAGAUUUUUGGAAGAAUAUUUAAGCUGUAGGUCCAUACAAUGCAAGUGAAUGGUCGGAUUGGUUGCUAAAACUAUGAAGCUCCAAAAAGUACAAAGGCAGCAUAAAAGUAAUCCAUAAGACUCAAGCAGUUUAACCCUUCUGAAGCGAUCUAUUUGAUUUUGGGUGAAAACAGACCACAGUAUAACACCUUUUUCCAGCCUGAUCUCAUGAAAUGUAUGUGACCCAUGGCAGCAAUUUUGCAAAACAAAAUGAGUGCUUUACAAGUUUGGCUGCAGUUUCUCAGUGAAAUGUCCAGCGGGGGGCGUCAAAAAGGAUUGAAAUAACGUUGUAAUCAGAUGAGGUUUUUAAGGUGAAUUUUAGAUGGGUGUUUUGAUGAGUAAAACAUACCUCCCUAACCUAAAACUUUAGCCUUAAUGUAACCAGUAGUGUCCUAAAUGAUAAAUGAGAGGUGAACAAAAUAGACAUCCUUAACCAACGCCUAAACCUAACCGAUAGUGUUAAAAUGCAAAUGCGACAUGAAAAGCAAAUUUUCUGAAGCAACCACAUUGUUUUGUGUCGCUUCUAUGGCACUUUUGAUUUACUUUCUCUUUUGUUUCAAGCGUCCUUGGCUGGUCUUGGAACUCAUUGAAUAAAACACACAGUUGUUGUAGCGCUUCUAGUGUUUAUUUCACCAGGAAACUUCGACGAAACAUAGAAAGGGGCAAAUGUACCUAUAGUAAUGUUAAUUCAAUGAGAUUAGAUUGUCCUUUUCACUGUAAAUCUUGCCUUUGCAGUCUCUAGGCACCAUCAUGAUUACAAGCUCGAUUGCACUUCUUGAUGCAAGAUAGCGCUAGGAGGUGUAAUCAAGCUUUAAAUCAUGAUCACCAAGAAGACUGCUAUGCCAAGGUUUAUAGUGAAAACUGAUUGGAUUACUGUCGAAGACAUGGAUUAAAUCACAGGAAUUGAAUGGAUUACUUUUUACUGCAUCUAUGUGCCUUUUGUAGCAUUAAAGUUCUGGCCACCAUGCACUUGCAUUGUAUGGACCUACAGAGCUGAGAUAUUCUUCUAAAAAUCUUUGUGUUCUGCAGAAGAAAGAAAGUCAUACUUAUCUGGGAUGUAUUCCUGUAUGAACAUGGACCUGGAUAAAUCACUGAAAAGCUCUAAUGAAUUAAAUAAUUAAAUGUGUAUAGUUUGGGUCAUUCUGAUUUGACUAGCAGGCAAAUACCUUUUUUUUCUUAGUAUUUAUUAUUCAAAACAAAAUACAUGUGCACUGACAUUUCCUUUAAAAAAUGAAAUUGGCCAAUAAAACUGAAUUUGAUUUAAAAAUAUUCUUCUUUCAAGUACACUCUGGUUGCCAAAAUUAUUUGAUAUUACCUAUAGUCAGUACAUAUUAAAAUAAAUAUGGGACAUAUUUGUUUGCAAGUAAACAAAAUAAAU